AGUGUGACGUUUAGUCCUUGUCAGUUCCCCAUGGCCCCGUGGAGCAGAGAGGCAGUGCUGUGUCUGUACCGGGCUCUGCUGCGCCAAGGCCGAGAGCUUCGCUACACUGACCGAGACUUCUACUUUGCUUACAUCCGCCGAGAAUUCAGGAAAAACCAGAAGCUUGAGGAUCUGGAGGCUCGAGAGCAGCAGCUGGAGAAGGGCCUGGUCUUCCUCCGCAGCAAACUAGGAGGCCUUAUUUAGGAACCUCUCUCUUCCCCUCCUACCCUGAUUCCAAGAAGAGGACAAAGGUGCCUUCUGUAGACCCUCCUGGCUCCCCCACCCCACCUCACAGAUGCAUUAGGAAGGCUCAGGUGAGCAAUGGCAGGCGCUGGUGAGCGCAAAAGCAAGAAGGAUGACAAUGGCAUUGGCACAGCCAUCGAUUUUGUGCUCUCCAAUGCCCGGCUGGUGUUGGGUGUGGGUGGAGCAGCCAUGUUGGGCAUCGCCACACUGGCAGUUAAGCGGAUGUACGACCGGGCAAUCAGUGCCCCUACCAGCCCCACCCGCCUAAGCCAUUCAGGGAAGAGGAGCUGGGAGGAGCCAAACUGGAUGGGCUCUCCUCGACUAUUGAACAAGGACAUGAAGACAGGCCUGAGCCGGUCCCUGCAGACUCUUCCCACAGACUCCUCGGCCUUUGACACAGAUACAAUCUGCCCACCCCGGCCCAAACCCUUGGCCAGGAGGGGCCAGGUAGACUUGAAGAAGUCACGACUCCGCAUGUCCCUGCAGGAGAAACUUCUUUCUUACUAUCGGAAUCGGGCAGCCAUCCCUGCUGGAGAGCAGGCUCGGGCUAAGCAAGCUGCGGUGGACAUAUGUGCUGAGCUCCGGAGCUUCCUGCGGGCCAAGCUGCCUGAUAUGCCACUCCGGGACAUGUAUUUGAGUGGCAGCCUUUAUGAUGAUCUGCAGGUGGUGACAGCUGACCAUAUCCAACUCAUUGUUCCCCUUGUGCUGGAGCAGAACCUGUGGUCGGCUUGCGGCCACCAUGGCGUAUUAGAGGCAGCAGUGCCUGCGGCAGCGUUGGCCUUUGCAGCGGCGGCAGCAGCACCAGGCUCUGCAGCGGCAACCCCCACCGGCUUAAGCCAUGGCUUUAAUCACCUCGAGCUCGCCGGGUUGCCCGUGUCAUCCUGCGAACGUGGCGAGGCCAAGAUGGCGGUGGGGCGGGGGUGUGAGUCACGGGGGCGGGGCGCGACGGCCUUGGCCGUAUUAGGACGCGAGGACAAGCUGCUUCCUCUAGGUGGCCGGUGA